ACAACCCAAAUUCCAUAUUGUCAGCCGCAGAAGAGAUAUCAAUAAAAUAACUUUACCCUCAUUCUCCCUUUCUUCUCUUUCAUCAUGAGUAAAAAGGACGAACACUCUGUACAGGAAUACUCUAUUGAAAAUACGGUUGUCGAUGACAUGGAUUCAAGCAUUCAACAAGUCUUGAAAGACGAAGCAGUUAUUAAAAACCCUGAUAUCACUGAAGAGCUAGAGCAUGCCGAUGAACUGGAAGAUCAGCCUAUCGAUAUUGUACGGUCGACUGUUCGUACGGUCGACAACCCAUCACUUCCUGUCUAUACUUUUCGUGCUUGGUUUCUGGGAACAAUAUUUUGCAUCUUAGGAGCGGCAGUAUCUCAGUUCUAUUUCUUUCGAUCAAAUUCUUUGGGAUACUCUUCCUUCUUUGUCACUUUGGUCUCAUAUCCGUUAGGAGUGCUUCUCGCCCGCAUUCUUCCUAACAGGGAAUGGUCAAUAGGCAGAUUUAGCUUCAGUCUCAAUCCAGGACCAUUCAACAUUAAAGAGCACUGUCUCAUUGUCAUCAUGGCUAGCACUGGUGGUGGUAGUGCAUAUGCAACUGACAUUUUAGCAAUUCAGGAUUUGUAUUACCAACAAGAUCUUGGUCCCCUUGGCUCUAUCCUGUUGCUGAUCAGUACGCAAUGCCUCGGUUAUGGAAUGGCUGGCUUCUAUAGGAAAUUCUUAGUUAAUCCUACUGCCAUGUUGUGGCCAAGUACUCUUCCCUCUGUAUCACUGUUCAACACAUUUCAUGAAAAAGAUCCUUACCUACUAGGCGAUCGUGACGAAGAGAAGGACCAAGAAGAGCGACAAGGCAUGAGUCGCAUGCGGUUCUUCCUUAUCGUGUUUGCUUGUACUUUUGUAUACGAAUUGUUCCCGACACUCAUAUUCCCUGUGCUUUCUUCGGUUGCUGUACUUUGUUUGAUUGGAGGACCGGGAAAUAUGGUUUUAGCCUCGCUAGGCAGUGGCUUCUCUGGUGUAGGGAUAUUGAAUUUCGGGCUUGACUGGAAUGCAGCUGGAGCUACUGGUCCACUAUUCACUCCAUGGUGGGCUCAAGUUAAUUGGUAUAUUGGUGCUGUCGUCAUGGUUUGGAUUGUCUGCCCAGUUACUUAUUUUUGCAAUUUGUGGAAUGCAAAGAGUUACCCUAUAUUGACCACCAAACUAUUCGACAAGGAUGGAAAUGUUUACAAUCAUUCUAGGGUGAUCAGCGAUGGAUACUUUAAUGAAACGGCAUACGAAGAGUACAGUCCCGUUUAUAUGACACCUUACAACGCAAUGAUGUUCGCCCUUUCUUUUGUGGCGCUUACAGCUUCAAUCACUCAUGUUCUAUUGUAUUAUGGAUCAGAUCUCAAAAAAGAAUUCUGGGUUUGGGGUAAAAAUAAGGAGCAACGAAAGUAUGAAAGAGAAGUUGGCAUGGACAUUCAUGUGAAGAUGAUGCAAGUUUACAAAGAAGUACCGUUCUGGUGGUACGCUGUUGUGUUUGUCGUCACCAUCGUUAUCAGCAUUAUCGUCUGCGAAGUGUAUCCUAUUCAUUUACCAUGGUGGGGAUUGCUGGUGGCUAUUGGCGUGGCAUUGUUGUUAACGCUACCAAUAGGUAUCAUUCAAGCUAUUUCAGGCAGCCAACCUGGAUUAAACGUCAUCACGGAGAUGAUAUGUGGAUACAUGUUGCCUGGUCGUCCAAUUGCCAAUGUCACUUUCAAAUGCUAUGGAUAUAUGGCGAUGGCUCAAUGUUUAGGACUGGUAUCUGAUCUCAAAUUAGGAUUGUACAUGAAAAUCCCUCCGAAAUGCAUGUUUGCCGCUCAAUUUUAUGGAACAAUACUCGGUGGUAUUGUCAACUACGUAGUCCUCAAAAUCAUCCUGGCAGCCAAACGUCCAGUGUUGCAAGGAAUCAUACCAGAUCCUACAGGUCAAUGGACUGGCCGUAGCUCUAGUAUCUUCUAUGCCAGUAGUAUUAUCUGGGGAGCUGUUGGUCCUGCUAGACUUUUUGGUCCGGACUCGCAGUUUCCAGGUAUGAAUUGGGCAUUCCUGGUAGGGAUAGUCCUUCCUCUACCUUUCUGGUUCCUUUACAAACGUUUUCCCAAGUCAAAGAUUCCGUGGAAAAUGGUCAAUGUUCCGGUCAUUUUAGGCGGUGCUGGCUUUGCUCCACAGGUGCCAACCAAUAUCCUCAUCACAUCCUUCAUCUGUGGUUUCGUCUCUCAAUUUUAUCUGUAUCGUCGUCAUCACUCGUGGUGGGCAAAGUAUAAUUAUGUCCUCAGCGCAGCCUUGGAUUCAGGAACAUUCAUUUGUAGCUUGUUUAUUUUCAUUUGCAUUAACGGUAUCAACUCGUCUGUCCAUUUUCCAACAUGGGCUGGUAAUCCCGAAGGCAAUGUAGAGUAUUGUGAAUGAACAAAGCACUAGUGUGGGUGCCUCACACAACGCUAGAAAUGUUGGCAGGCUCCAACUAACACACACAAGCUCCGUACAUUAAUUAGAUAGUAGUAUAGUCGAUUGUACACA